AUGCAUCAAUCAUCAACAUCAGUAACUAGAGAUGAUAACCGUACAACCGAAAAUCUAUCACAAUUACGUGUUAAAAUAUGUUCCGUACGUUUACCAUCAUCAAUAAAACCUGUUGAUAUUAGUGUUUUAAUGGAAGUUGAUAAUAAACAUAUUUAUAGAACUGAAAUUAUGCGUAAAAAAAGUAAAUUAAAUCCUAAUACUUCAGUAAUCACUAUUAAUCAAUCGUUUGACAUACUUGUGACACUAAAUUCUAAAAUACUAAUUAAAAUUUAUUAUCCAACACGUCUUUUUGGUAAUCAUGAUAUAGGACAAUUACAAUGUAAUAUUAAAUCGAUUAUCGAUGAUUAUCAUUCAUCUGAACAAAGCACUGAUAAUGUCGGUACUAUACCAUCUUAUCUUGUUAAAUUACCCUAUGAUAAUCUAACAAGACCAUCAUCAAUAUUUCGUUCUCAUGACAGUAAUAAUAUUUCAAAUGGUAUCAUUGAAAUUAUUUUUUAUGGUUCUUUACUCAGACAACUUGAUGAACAUAGACAGCGGCAAAAUUUACCACUAGAUAUACAGCAACAAUCAGAGUCAUUACCGAGUCAGUUAACGUCAGAAAAUAAUGUUGAAAUACAAAACGAAUCGUCAUUAUCAGAUGAACAAACUUCCGAAACGAAUUCAGCAUCAAUAAACAAUGGUAAGCGUUCAAGACGGCGUCCAUCAGAUAAUCAAGCAAAUGAUGCAAAUACAGAAAUAGAAGUUUCAACAGCAGCAGCAGCAGCUAUCGCUAUUCCCGAAAAAGAGCAAACCACAACAAAAGCAAAUGGAACAUCUUUAACAGAUCUUAAAGAACAAUUACCCCCGGGCUGGGAGAUGCGAACCGAUAAUUUAGGUCGCCCCUAUUAUGUUGAUCAUAACCUUCGUCGAACAACUUGGUGUCUUAAAAAAGAAAGACUCCCACCUGGCUGGGAAGAACGUGUUGACAGUCGUGGCCGUGUCUAUUAUGUUGAUCAUACUACUCGGACAACAACAUGGAAAUUACCAACUGCUUCUCAUUUAUCAAAUGUUGCUGAAUGGCAAAAUAAUUAUGCUCGAAGCCAUUCUGUAUUUAAUCAGUUUGAACAUCGAUUUUUACCACAAAUUGAUGCCAACGCUCAACCUAGUGAUGUUCCUAUUUCGACUGAAGAAUCUUUACCAGAAGGUUGGGAAAAAAAACAGGAUAAUCAAGGUCGAAUUUAUUAUGUGAAUCAUAUAUCUAAAACAACACAAUGGGAAGAUCCACGACGAAUGGAUAAUAAUAUAUUUGAUAUGCCGUUACCACACGGUUUUGAAAUGCGUUAUACAAAAGAUGGGCAAGUUUAUUUUGUUGAUCACAAUGCAAAAACAACAUCAUUUCGAGAUCCACGUAAUGGUCUUAUGCCCUCUUCACUUGAAUCCGAUAUCGCUUCACCGAAUUAUCGACGAAGUUUCUCACAUAAAGUUAGACAAUUUCGCUAUCUGUGUAAAACAAACUCUACAAAUGGGCAGUUAAAAUUAACGAUUCGUCGAGAUAAUCUUUUCAAUGAUUCCUAUACGAAUAUAAUGCAAUGCCAAUCAAGUGAACUUCGCCGUCGUCUAUAUCUUCUCUUCAAAGGUGAAGAAGGUCUUGAUUAUGGUGGUGUAGCAAGGGAAUGGUUUUUUCGUUUGUCACAUGAAGCACUCAAUCCGAUGUAUUGUUUAUUUGAAUAUGCUAAUAAAAAUAAUUAUUAUCUUCAAAUCAAUCCGGCAUCAUCGAUCAAUCCAGAUCAUUUAACUUAUUUUCGAUUUAUUGGUCGUAUUGUUGCUAUGGCUCUUUAUCAUGAAAAAUUUAUUGAUAAUGGUUUUAGUUUGGCAUUCUAUAAACGCAUGCUUGGCAAACCACUAACAAUAUAUGAUUUAGAAUCCUUAGAUCCAGAAUUUUAUAAUGGUUUAUUAUGGAUACGUGAAAAUAAUUUAAAUCUUAAUGAUAAUCUUGAAUUAUAUUUCAAUUCAUCGUUUGAUUUAUUGGGAAAAAUUGAAAGUAUUGAAUUGAAAUCAGGCGGUAAUGAUAUCAAAUUAACAGAAGAAAAUAAAACAGAAUAUAUUGAAUUAAUGACAAAAUGGAGAUUUACACGCGGUGUCGAAGAACAAACUAGAGCCUUUUUAUAUGGCUUUAAUGAGGUUGUGCCUCAACAGUGGACUCAAAUAUUUGAUGAACGUGAAUUAGAAUUACUACUCUGUGGUAUAUCAAAAAUUGAUAUUCUCGAUUGGGAACGCAAUACAAUAUAUAAAAACUAUACUGAAGCAGCUAAACAAAUACAAUGGUUUUGGCAGUUUGUGCGUGAAAUAACCGAUGAACAACGGGCGCGUUUAUUACAAUUUGUUACUGGUACUUGUCGAGUGCCUAUUGGCGGCUUUGCUGAAUUACUUGGAUCCAACGGACCGCAAAAAUUUUGUAUAGAAAAAUAUGGCAAAGAAAAUAUAUUACCUCGAUCACAUACAUGUUUUAAUCGAUUAGAUUUACCACCGUAUAAGAAAUAUGAAAUUUUAAAAGAAAAACUUCUAUUCGCUAUUGAAGAGUGUGAAGGUUUUGGUCAAGAGUUAGUCUCUUUGCGUCAUCGUUUUCUUCAAUAUGUACAUUUUGAUUAUUGA